AUGGCAAGAAGGAGAUUAAGAUUGGCAUAUAUUGUGAAUCAAUCAAAAAGAAAAGCCUCCUACCAGAAAAGAAAGAGAGGGUUGGUAAAAAAGCUUAAUGAGCUAACCGUUCUUUGUAGUGCGGAUGCUGCCAUGAUAAUGUAUAGCUCGUUUGAGCAGAGGCCAGUGAUAUGGCCUACUGUUGAAAGGGUUCAAGAGCUGAUUGCUAGGUUCAUGCAGUUGCCGGACGUGCAACAAACGCGACGAAUGAUGAGCCAGGAUAGCUUUGUUGCGCAAUGGCUUGAAAAGUUGGGCACUCAGCUUCUAAAAUUGAAGCAAGAUAACAGGGAGAAAGAGAUGAAUGCAGUGAUGCAUAAGAUUUUUCGCGGAGAACAGAUAGUUGAUUAUCUGAGUUCCGUAGAUUUAAACGACCUUGGUUGGGUUUUAAACACGAAUAUCGCUGAAAGUGAUUUGAGGUUGGUAAGAGUUUCCCCAACUCUGGCUCCUCCUUCAGUUGUUGCUCUAGCAGAUGUGUUUUCUGGGCAAAGCUAUCAAGACAUGGUGGGUAUGCAAAUUCCCAAUCUUAAUCCUGCGUGGAAUUGGACUUUCAGUAAUCAAAAUGACCCAACUCAGGGGGGACCAGGGCCCAGCACCUCCCAACAAAAUCCUUAA